CAAAUCAUUUUUCAUAAUUUUCAUUAGUAAAAUAGCACCUCCUCACUCCAUUAAAGUAAAACUCCCUCUCUCUCUUCUCCUCUCAUGGCGCCCCUCCAAAUCCUCUGCCUCCUCCUUGGUUUUCUCCCGCUGUGCUACUCCACCUCCAUCCACGACCUCCUUAAAUCCAUGGGCCUGCCGCCGGGCCUCUUCCCCAAGGACGUCAAGUCCUACACCUUCUCAGCCUCGGGCCUCCUCCAAGUCUACCUGGACGGCCCCUGUCUCACCAGAUUCGACACCAUGGCCUUAUACGAGAGUGAGCUCCGCGCUAAUCUCACCCACGGCAGCCUCACCGGCGUCCAAGGCCUCUCACAGGAAGAGCUCUUUCUCUGGCUCCCCGUCAAGGACAUAAUCGUCAAUGACCCAACCUCCGGCUUAAUCCUCUUCGAUAUCGGACUUGCUCACAAGCAUCUCUCCCUCUCGCUCUUCGAGGAUCCGCCCGAUUGCUCCUCCAAGGGUAAAUUGAAGGAGCUGAGAGGAAAAGAGAAGGGAUUUAUGUAGCUCAAGUAUAAAGUAAUAAAUCAAGAAAAAUUGCCACUUUUCUUUUGUUAAUUAGUAGUGUUUUCACUAAGUAUAGAGUUAAUUAGUGUGUGUUAAUAGUAGUAGUACUGUAAAAAUUUGGGAAACAGACAACCUGAGGAAUUUUGAGAGAACAAAUUGUCUU